AUGGCAGAAAUCGUCGGUGUCGUCGCCAGUGGUGCCGGUGUCGCUUCUCUAGGAAUUGAGCUUCUUCAGAUUGCGUACGGGCUGAAGGACUUUUCUUCGUCCAUCAAGGAUGCGCCUGCGGAGAUCGCCUGCCUGAUAGACGAGUUACUCCUUCUGACCAAUAUUUUGAAAGGCAUAUGGGACAGGCGUCCUCCUGAAACCUCAGGAACAGUUCCAGAAGCGACCUGGGAGGCUUGUCACCAACAUUGUGAAUCAGCAGUCGGUAUCUUGGCUAGCGUAGCCACAGAGCUUGAGGCGUCUCUAAAGAAGCAUAAAAUAUUGGGCAGCUUGAGAGUGGUGUUAAGUCAACAGAAAGUCAGCAAAUAUAAAGAGCGGUUAGAAAGGGCGAAAUCGAUUCUCCUGUUGGCGCAACAGGCGUCAUUCUUCACGUUUAUGCAGAUCCAACAGGCAUCAAUACUAUCCAAAGUCGAGGCUACACAAAAUCUCCUUCAACCUACCGUCCGCCAAAUUGAAAGCCGGGCCGUGGUCAGUUCUAUCGCUGUCCAGGUGCCAAAGCCUGUGGAAACUGAGACAGAUACUGUCCAAAUGACAUGUUCAAAGCCAAGAUACCCCCGACUCAAGCCAAGUUGGGCAUUUCGACUCUCGCCAUGGUGGCUAAACAGAGUUUUUGAGAUGCAAAGAGACCAUUCUUGGCAGGGAUUCUCAUUUUCGCUUCGCUCCUACAAAAUUCGUUCCUGGGAUACUUUGGCGAUUGCUGGAGAAAGCUCAGUUACCGAAGUGGUCCAGAUGUUACAAGACAAGAAGCUUUUCUUAUGGGAUCAGGAUCCGAGUGGGCGCACUGUUCUACACUUUGCUGCGCUCGCGGAAAACUUCAAAUUGUGUCAAUUCCUAGUUCGUUCUGGUCUUGACGUUAACUCCCGAGCAAGAUAUGCUGAAACUCCUUUCGACAUGCUAUGGGUCAAUGACUUCUAUGAGCUUACACGUACUAAAUAUAUGGAGAAGCCAGAUCUAUUUGAGAUGGUCAAGCUGCUCGCUAUCGAAAACGGAGCCGAUGAGAUACUGCGGGAAAGCCAUCUAGACUCACGCGAGGUAUUCAGUCGAAAUUCCCCAUCAGUGACAGCAUUUAUUGGGAAAUAUCUCGCAAUGGAUAUGAGCUAUGAGCAAGCAGCUCAGUAUCGUUUCACAAGCGCCAUGAGCUCGCUGGAGUUUGAUGACGGAUUCUUCUGGGCAAGACUGGGAACAGAAACGAUCCCUGAAUUGAACGUGGCUCGGAUGUUGAAUGAAAACGCUGACGGCUGGAAACUCUUUCACAGAAUAGCGGGCCAUUUCGGACGCGUUUACUCAACAACAAAGAACCAGCCCGAAAUCUUAGAAAAGAUGCUUGGAUGGCAGAAGGUCGUGGAGUUUUUGGUUUUCUUCCAGCCGAUAUUGACAGUUCCUCUGGAUAGGAGAUACGAACAUAAGACGUGCCGGUCGCCUUUAUCAAGACUCCUUGAAGGUGCACUAUUCGACAGGAGAGUUGUCCCUGGACAUAACUUCCACCAAAAGGAUCUACUCCAAGUACUAUACGCCUGGGUGCAAUGGCUAAUGGAUAUAGGGGUGAAUACCGCCCAGUAUGGUAAUUUGGAGAAGCAGUGGGUAAAGCUAUACCCAGCGCAUUUUACUCGCAACUUGGAAUUUAUUGGGAAGCACAGCUACAGAGUAAUCUGCUUGGAAACCGGUCCUUCUGCUUCUGACUGGAAUAUUUGGCUCAACAACCCCCUGGACGAGCAUUCUGAGGAUUUCUGGUUCUUGACAGAGAAUCCGGAGUAUUUCAUACCAGGAGCAUGGCAAUUGUCACCUGCAAACUACGGCUUUUUUCAUAUGGACUGCUGGAAAGUCUAUCUGUCCUCUCUCCGGAGAUGCAAGAGGCUGUUUAGGUACAUGCAGCUGCCUCAGAAACCUGCUUAUGUGAUAGGGGUAUCAAUUGCCAUUAUCAUUGUGGUUGGGAUCUCAGCGGCUUGA